AUGGCCACGUCGCCGCCUUCGUCCAGUCUCACCCGACAUAGCCCCACCGACAACACCGACAACACCGACAGCCCCAUCACCGACAGCCCCACUACCUCCCGCCACUCGUUCAAUACCGCCGCCAACGACGACGACCUCCACCCCGUGGUCGUCCCCUUUGGCGAGCAGCACUCGCGCGUCUCUCCUCGAUCGGUCCUCGCGGCCCCAGUGGCCGCCAGAGACGCCCGAGCAGCCACUGCGCCCCACUGCCUCGUGAUCUACACGGGCGGCACGUUCGGAAUGGUGCCCGACGCGCACGGCGUGUUGCACCCGAGCAAAGGCUUCUUGGCCAAGAAGCUCCGCGACAUGGACGAGUUCCAGUGCGACAACAUGCCGCGCGUGACGGUGAGCGAGUGGGCUGCGCCCAUCGACUCGGCCGACAUGUGUCCGAGCGACUGGGGCCGCAUCGCGCGCGAGAUCGAAGCCGCGUACUGGGACUACGACGGCUUUGUCGUGCUCCAGGGCACCGACACGAUGGCGUACACGGCCUCAGCGCUGUCGUUCAUGCUCGAGGGCCUCGGCAAACCCGUUGUGCUCGCGGGCGCAAUGAUUCCGCUGCACUUUCCCCACAGCGACGCGCGGCGGAACCUCAUCAUGUCGGUCAUGUGCGCCGCGUCGCUCGCGAUCCCCGAAGUGUGCAUCUACUCGAACAAUAAGCUGCUGCGGGGCAACCGCACGACCAAAGUGGCCAACCAGUCGGUCGACGCCUUCCACGCGCCCAACUUCCCCGCGCUCGCGGUCACGGGCGUCGAGGCCAUUGUCGACCAGCCGCUGAUUCGGCCGUACCCGCGCGCGCGCUUUCGGGCAUUCACGACGCUCGUGACCGACGUCUGCGUCUUCCACUUGGUGCCCGGCUUUGACCUCACGUGCAUUGAGGCGUACGUCGACCGCUACACUUCCCGCAAGCGCGCGGGCGACGUCGUGGCGCCCACCGCGCUCGUGUUUGCGCUCUACGGGACGGGCAACGCGCCCUUGAGCCGAAACGGCUUCUUGCGGCUCGUCGAGCUCGCGAUCGCGUCGGCCAUUCCCGUGACGAUCACGUCCCAGUGCGUGCAAGGCCGGACGCAGCUCGACGCGUACGCAACGGGCGUGACGCUGCUCCAGAUGGGUGUGAUCACGUCGCUCGACAUGACGAUUGAGGCCUGUGUAGCGAAGCUCGGCUACCUCCUGGGCAAGGGCUGUGCGGGCAAAGAGCUCAAGACGAAGAUGGAGACGGACUUGCGCGGCGAGCUCUCGGUCGUCGACGCCGUGGCCAAUGGCGACGAGAUGAGUCGCACGCGGUCGUACGGCAAAACGGUCGUGCGGAGCUUUGCCUCGCACUAG